GCCGGGGCGCCUGACGGGGGCCGCGCGCAGACACCGCUGCCAGUUUCUUUAGGUCACAUUCAUUUAGCUUUAGCUUAGUCUUAGUCUUAGUCUUAGUCUUUUCUGUAUAGUCUCGCCGCACUCUUUCUCCCUCUUCGCUAGAUUAGCUGCGAGUGGGAUGUACGUUUGGGAGUUUUGUUGAAGUAGAUUUAUCGCGCAGCCUUUUGUUAAAAGUUCGGUUUUCUUCCCCCAUCAAGAGGCAAUACCGUCGUUCACAUCCGUCUUUAAUGAACGGGCGACUUUGACUGUUGUAAAGAAAAACUUUAAUUUGUUUAAAGGACUCGGCGCCACCGCCCGUUUCCCGUCGCCCCCUCCCCCCCGCGCGGCUGGCAGUGGCCUGUCCCGUGCUGUGGGUUAGGCAGUCAGGAGACGUUUUCAUCCAAGUGUUCAUUUUUCCGUUAUCCGCAGUCCAUGAGGGACAGCUAACCGGACGUACACACCGGACGGAACUCGACCAACCACUUUGCUCCAUUUCGGCGAAGAGAGGCUGGUUAACAUGGCUGCCUCAGUAAAGGUGGCGGUCCGGGUCCGACCCUUCAACUCCCGCGAGACCAGCAGGGACGCCAAGUGUGUCAUUCAGAUGCAGGGCAAGACCACGUGCAUCAGUAACCCAAAACACCCCAAAGAUGCAGCCAAGAAUUUUACCUUUGACUACUCCUAUUGGUCACACACCACAGAUGAAGACCCUGAGUUUGUUUCUCAGAGGCAGGUGUAUUUGGACAUUGGGGAGGAGAUGUUACUGCAUGCCUUUGAGGGUUAUAAUGUGUGUAUUUUUGCUUAUGGACAAACUGGAGCAGGAAAGUCUUACACCAUGAUGGGCAAACAGGAGCCUAGACAACAGGGGGUCAUACCUCAGAUGUGUGAAGACCUCUUCAAACGCACCUUAGACAGUACAGACCCUGACCUCUCUUACUCUGUGGAGGUGUCUUACAUGGAGAUAUACUGUGAGCGUGUACGUGAUCUGUUGAGCCCCAAGAGUGUGGGGCCAUUGCGUGUGCGUGAGCACCCCAUCAUGGGCCCUUAUGUGGAGGAUCUGUCCAAACUAGCAGUGACCUCCUACACUGACAUCACACACCUCAUGUACUGUGGUAACAAGGCCCGGACAGUGGCUGCAACGAAUAUGAAUGAGACGAGCAGUAGAUCCCACGCCGUGUUCACCAUAAUCUUCACCCAGCGGCGUCACGACCGCCUCACCAGCCUCCACACUGAGAAGGUCAGUAAAAUCAGUCUGGUAGAUCUGGCAGGAAGUGAGAGAGCAGACUCAUCGGGAGCAAAGGGCAUGAGGUUGAAGGUUAGAGGUCAAAAGGAAGGGGCAAACAUUAACAAGUCUCUUACCACUCUGGGGAAGGUUAUAUCUGCCCUGGCCGAUAUGCAAAGCAACAAGAAGAGGAAAUCUGAGUUUAUCCCCUACAGAGACUCUGUGUUGACCUGGUUACUGAAGGAGAACCUAGGUGGGAACUCACGCACUGCUAUGAUCGCUGCUCUCAGUCCUGCAGAUAUCAACUAUGAAGAAACACUCAGUACUCUGCGGUAUGCUGACCGUGCCAAACAGAUUCGCUGUAACGCCAUUGUAAAUGAAGACCCCAAUGCUCGGCUGAUCAGAGAACUGAAGCAGGAAGUGAACAGACUCAGAGAGCUGCUGCUCACACAGGGCCUUAGCCAGCUUCUCACAGCUAGUGGUCCAGAGGUGAAUAAUAACCACCUCUGCCCAGUGUUGCCGACUUGUUCUGCCUCUAAUGGUCCUGCACCAAUCACAUCCCCUACCCAAGAUGAGGACCACCCCUCUAUGGAUGACUCUAACCAAUCAGUAGAGGUUCAGGAAGAGAUUAUAUCCAAUGAAGAAGCAGUGGAGAGGCUAAGGGAAACAGAGAAAAUUAUUGCUGAGCUGAAUGAGACCUGGGAAGAAAAGUUGAGGAAAACAGAAUCUAUACGACUAGAGAGGGAGUCUCUGCUGGCUGAGAUGGGUGUAUCCAUUAAGGAAGAUGGAGGAACUGUUGGUGUGUUCUCCCCAAAAGGAACGCCUCACUUGGUGAACCUUAAUGAAGACCCUCUGAUGUCUGAGUGUCUGCUGUACCACAUUAAAGAGGGCGUUACCAGGGUGGGUCAGAAGGAUGUUGAUAUUCGGCUGAGUGGGCAGUUCAUUAAGGAGCAACACUGUGUGUUCUACUGCCACAAUAACAACCACGGAGAAGUUGAUGUUGUCCUGGAGCCAUUAGAAGGAGCAGAGACGUAUGUCAAUGGAAGACAAAUCACUGAGCCGACGCUGCUCAGACAAGGUAACCGCAUUGUAAUGGGGAAGAACCACGUGUUCCGUUUUAACCACCCCGAGCAGGCACGGCAGGAAAGGGAGCGCAAUACCACCCAGGACCAGCAGGGGGAGCCUGUGGACUGGAACUAUGCCCAAAGAGAACUGCUGGAGAACCAAGGAAUAGACAUCAAGCUAGAGAUGGAGAAGAGACUGCAGGAUUUGGAAGUUCAGUAUCGUAAAGAGAAAGAGGAAGCUGAUCUACUGCUGGAGCAGCAGAGACUAUAUGCAGACUCAGACAGUGGCGAUGACUCUGAUAAACGCUCAUGUGAAGAAAGCUGGAGACUCAUUUCUUCUCUCAGAGAGAAACUGCCAGCUAACAAGGUGCAGUGUAUCGUGAAGCGCUGUGGUUUACCCAGCAGUGGGAAGCGUAGGGAACCCCUGCGUGUGUAUCAGAUCCCCCAGCGACGGCGCAUCACUAAGGACCCUGAGCGCGUCACCGUGGGUGACCUGAAGCUGCAGGCGGUGAAGGAGAUCUGCUACGAGGUGGCAUUGGCCGAGUUCCGCCACUCACAACAGGAGAUCGCUGCCCUUGCCAUCGUCAAGAUGAAGGAGCUCUUCAGGAUGUACAAGAGAGACAGCGCAGACAGGGACGCCUGGCGGGACGUCGCCAAGGACGUGUGGGACACGGUGGGCGUGGCUGACGAGCACGGACAGGACAUGGGCGGAGACCGGGACGGAGGGGCGGGGCAAACAGGGGUGUACAACCUGAAAGCUCACCUUGAGAAACUGACAGAGAUUCUACAGGAAGUGAAAGAACAGAACAAUAUGAAGGAUGAAGAGAUCAGAUCCCUGAGAGACAGAAUGAUGGAGAUGGAGAGAGUCCUACCUGUGCAGGCCAGUGGAUGUUCAGAAGACCAGGUUAGCAAGAAUAAGGAAGUGGCUGUUGGGCGUGGCUGUGAGGAGCAGGGGCGUGGCUGUGAGGAGCAGGGGCAUGGCUAUGAGGAGCAGGGGCGUGGCUGUGAGGAACAGGGGCGUGGCUCUGUAGAUUUCCUCCCUAAGGAGGAUCGACUCGUGCGUCUGAUGGAGGAAGACCCCGCCUUCCGCAGGGGGCGGCUCCGCUGGCUCAAACAGGAGCAGACACGCCUCCACAACCUGCAGCAGCAGCAAAUCACUAAGCAGCUGCGGCGGGCGGGGGGUGUGGCCGGGGCCGGGGAGGGGAGCAUGGUGCACCUGCCAGGCACUGGGCGCUUCAUCCCCCCGCAGGAGUGCAAGCUCAAGUUUCCUUUUAAGAGCAACCCACAGCACCGUCUGUCCUGGGCUGCUGGCCCUCCUCUGGCCCCGCCCACAGAGGGGGAGGGGAAAGAGGGAAGGGAGUGUCACGCUCUUCCUCUGGCCCCACCCACAGAGGGGGAGGGGAAAGAGAAAAGGGAGUGUCACUCUCUUCCUCUGGCCCCGCCCUGCUCCACCCGUCUAGUGCCACCACCAUUUCUCCCACCUCCGUUCCAGAUACCAGUUGUCAUGGGAACCCAGUAUAUGCGCACACUCUCUCCACAUCGUGCCUGGCAACGUAACUAUGAUAACAGUAACUAUGGCAGCAACAGUCACUUCCCACAGCAGCAGCAAUGGCGCUACAGACGGAACUCUCUGGAUAGUUCCACCGUGCUCAACGGGCAGUGUCACUAUGGAAACGGGAACCACGGUGAUUCCAAUCAGCAUCGGCAACGCAAUCGCCAUCGACGACAGUCCCCGAGCCCUGGACCACAGGUGGAGGCAGGACAUCACCAUGGAGACAGUUACUAUGUCAACCAGCAUUACUCUAGCCACCACCAACAAUUUAUUCCCCAUUUUCAGCUAUACCAGACUCCGCCCCCUGCACACACACUUCUGCAGAACACACGUGCAGAACACACACGUGGAGUCUGGGGUUGUGCACUGAAAUACCAAACCUACAGCCCACCCCCCCGCAUGCAGAGACAACUCAGUGCCCCAGACCUGAAGAGCAAGGAGACACCAAUCUGAGUG